UUUUCUUCUUCUUACAUGAUUUUCUGCAAAAACAAGACUCUCAGCGCUGAAGCCUCCAAAUGGGAAAUGCAACAUCUUGUGGACCUUCAAUAAUCUGCAGCAACAAUGGAGUUAUAAAGGUCUUAAUAUUCUCCAACGGAGAUUUACAAAUCUUCACAAAACCAGUCAAAGCAGUGGAGCUGAUGCUGGAGAAUCCAGGCCAUUUUUUGUGCGACUCUGAGAGUUUAAAAGUUGGGCAAAGAAUCGAGGGAUUGUCGGCUGAUAAAGAGUUGGAAGUUUCCAAAUUUUACUUUUUACUCCCCAUGGGGCUGCUCUACUCAGUGCUGACUGAGGAUGAAAUUGCGAGUUUUACAAGUAAGGCUGCCAUGGCUUUGAAGCAGAAGCAGGCAAAUUAUUCGAAACAUUUUGGAAAAAUAUUUCCUGUUGUUCUGAUUGAGUUUUGUUUGUUUCCAUCAUCAGAAGCAAAAACAAAAACAUUUGAUUGUUUUUCACAUGAAAUUGUUGCAGCCGAUGAUCAUCCUGUGGAGAGUUUCUCUAAACAGAGAUCAUGGAAGCCUGCCCUGGAUACCAUUUUUGAAAUUCCAACCAGCUAGGAUUUUCAUGUGUAUAGUUUUGUGAUUUUUCCUUUUCCCUUUAUUCAUCUCGAUUGUUUU